UUCUGUUUCCACAACUACUAAUGAAGGAUUUUAUUCAAUCUUGUACCUUCGAAUCCACAUCCCAACUAACGUUUCCUUUUCUUUAUUCAUUUCUCACCCACUUCACUAGAACUGAUUAUUAGCAUACUUCUCAGAAUGUGUGUUUGUUCUCAUUUCUUCAAGUUCUUUUAGUCUCAUUGUUUUGCUUGUAGGAGCUAAAAAAUAUAGAGUUGGAUGAUUGGUUUUUGUGUAGGAUGUUAUGCUUGAAACCAAUUCCCACCAAGAAAAAUGGGGUGCACUACUUCUAUAUAUGCUGUUGGAAGGAAGAAGAAGAAGAGUGUCCCCGAAGUCGUGGUCUUUGUCCCGUCAAUGCGAAUUCCAGUGCAAUCUGAUCUUCUAAGGCCGCUUAGAGGGCUAAUUCCAAAAGAUCUUGCAGAUAGGUUGUCUUGCCUUCGGAAUCAGAUUGUUUUGGUGGCAGAAGAUACUGGUGGAUCUGCAAUAACUGAACUACUGCGAGCACUUGAGGAGUAUUUGUGUGUUUUGAUUGGACUCACUAAGAAAGAAUAUGGUGUUGAGGGACUCAUAAAAUUCAAAUGGAAGAAUUUGGAAGAUGGACGACAUCAGGAAACAUGUAUAGCAAACUCCUGGUUUGAAGUACUAUCAGUUGUUCACCUAAUGGCAAUGCUGACUUUGCUGGAGGCUGACUCGUUAAUGAUCCCUAAGGACCAUUCUGGUUCUGGUAUAAGGGUUGUAUCUUCAGAUUGCAAGAGGGAUGCUGUUGAUUUGUUACUUAAGGCAGCAGCGUACCUGGAGUUUUGUGUCCGGGAUGUUCUGGUUCAUAUACCACCAGAUAUCAAGAAAAGGUUGCCAACAGAUUUGCAGGAUGGUGUACUGGAGGCUAUUUCUAUUCAAGCACUAGGCCAGGGAACUGAAAUUCAGCUUGGUUUAGCUGUUGAAUGUCAAAAGGCCACAUUAUCAGUGAAGAGGAGGUUGGCAUGUGAAGAGCUGAGCUAUUUUAGUCAGGCUUAUCACCGCUUGUCAGAAUGUGACAUGGACACCAAUAAUGGGUAUGGAAAGAAGCUUCUUUUGUUCAUCAAAUGGAAAUUCCUUGAAGCAAAGGCUGCAGCUUACUACUACCACGGUCUAAUCCUUGACAAGGGUAAUGAACCAUCAGGUCAUGUUAGUGCUGUGUGUUGUUUUCUUGCCGCUGAAGAAAUUUUGUCAGAGUGCAAGAAGGCCUGCUUGAGCUUUUGCCUUGCAACUCCUGUCACCAGGGCUCCUCCACUCUGGGGAUCAAUGAAGCAUUUACAACAGAAAAUUCCUGAAGUUGCAUCAAGGAAGUCUCAGAUGUAUGGCUAUCUCUUAGAACAAGAAAAGGCUCUCCAAGCAUUGCCCGACCUACCAGAUUUCCAAUUGUCAUUAAGACCUGAUGACUAUCAACUGCCUGAAAUUGAUCCAGCAUGGGAUAGUGAAAAAUGGGAAAUUCAGGGUCAGCCUCUAAAAGAACACCUCAAGGAUAGUGAAGAUGAAGUUGAAACUGAAUGAACGCUUACAUGACCUCUUCUCAUUUACAGUAGUCGGAUGCCAAAUUUGCCAACUAAACUUCCUUACGUUUUUAUAAAAGCUAAUAUAAUUACUACAGAACAGAAACAAGUCAUGAAUGUUUGUAUCUUACUAUGCUCUCUCUCUCUCACCUUCCGAACUCCAUUUUACUGCUAUUUAAUCUCAGUGGCACGUGACAUAGACGUUCAAUGUCCA